UUCAACCAAGAAUGAAGGCGCUCUAUGAGUGUUUAAUUCAGACAUAGUUAGAGGAGGGGGGAAGGAAAGUCUCGUCUCAACGGAUAAACGUCACGAGAACAGCCGACUAAAUCCGCCAUUGUCCGGUUCCAGCUGCAUCUAACCAACAUGGCGGCUCGAGUGACAAAGAACGAAGAGGGACACGCCAUAUGCAAACACGCACCCACGUCUUAAGCGAUGACACAGUAGGUUUAGGGUUGGUUUCUUAAUGUCGCCGUUGUAAUGUCACAAGUAAAGCGGAGGUUGUCGUUUGUGCCGCCAUGUUGGGCAGUCACGCGCUUUACAAACGAAACAUCGCGUAAAAUAACCCCGUGAAAAACACUACCAAUGUUCCCACUUUAUUUUAAUGUAAUCUGCCUAUUUUAAUGCAGUAAAACUAAAGUGUCUAGAUUUUGGACAGGGAACACCCAAUAGGCCUUCACGGCCCGUCAAACCACAAGCAUUUUUACGCUCUACCGUACCUAAACUAGAUUCCUAUCCUACUGGAACAACCACAAUAGCAGAAGGAACGACGCCUUUUUUUAACGAGGUCGAUACACAAUCGGUUAAAACUUGACACAGGCUGGAAAACACGACGAAGAUUAAAAAAAGAUACUUACUGGGAUACGCUUACUCAUUGAAGAUUGUAAUUUAACCAUACAGCCGGUCCUCAGGAGAAAAACGUCAAGCGAUUAAGUGGUCCUUCACCAUUCGAGCCCGACGUUACGUGUCUGAGCGGAGCUCAAGUCUCCUCAAUAAGAAAGCGAGUUGACCACUUCCCCUUGUGAGCUUCAAAAUAAGACUAUCAGUCAUGCAUAAAAUAGCAUUAAAACAUUAAUAAGUCCACUGCGAGAGGUAUUUUUGUCUUUACUGUGUAUUCAAAAUAAUUCCAUGCUGAUAAAUCUUUCUACUCACUUUUUUCCCAUUCAGAGAGCACAGCGGUAAUUUUAUUUUGGAAGAUAACAAUGGAGGCCAGUCGUCAUUUCCUCUGAUGCAAUCUUGAUGCAGCUCUUGAAACCCCACCCUAACCAAUAUAUGUAACGCAUUUUUUAAAAUUAGCUUGUAACGAUUUUUAAUUUUCCUGUUGUAUUAUGGGUAAACUCAUCCAUAGUGAUGCCUUUUUUAAUAAACCUGUAGAAAGUGGAGAUAUUUAGUAGUGUAGACAUUUCUUUAAAAAAAAAAAAAAAAAAAAAAACUAAUUUAGUUUUUUUUUUUCACUUUUAUGUUGCGGAUGAAGACGUUACGUUUUACUUAAUUUUUACUGUCAACUAUAGAGUGAAAUAAUAAACAAUGUAAAAAUAAAUAAAUAUAAAUGAAGCUAAAUAUGCAACAUAAAUUUUUUCUUUAUAGAGGGAAUCAAAAGUGACCAAUUAAGAUCUAGAUUAAAAGAAGGCAAUUGAAAAAACUUUUUUUUUUAAACGUUUAACUUAUUAAUUUUAGUUUCAAAAUAUUUAAUGACCUUUAGUCCUUCUAAUUUUACCUACUGUAGCUGAGAUAUUUGUUAAAUAUACAAAUGUGGUUAUCCAUCUGUUAUAUUACACGUGAAAUUGACCCUAAAAAAAUGCUGAUUAAAAAAAUAUCAAUCCCCCUUUUUUCCUCUUCAUAACUGAUGAACUGUUAAUUUUAGGGUCAAAUUGUGUGGGUCAAAAUGAUCAGAAAACAUCUGUAAUUUGUAAAUAUUUAAUACUAUUGUCUUUUUAGUGUAUGUAUUUAUUCUUUUUUAAUAAUUAUUAUUUUGAGUCAAACUGACCCCUCAAUUGUUUUAUUCCACAAUUUCGUAGGAUAGGUUGAAAUGACUCAUAUAAUCUAUUUGAAAAAAUAAUGCAUAAUUUGAGAGUUAAUUUUACCAAUCAGAGGGUACUCCUUUUAUAUUGAGGGCCAAAUUGACCUUUAAAAAAAAAGUACAAUUAUUUAUUUAUAAAAUGUUUUCUGCUUUAAUUCUUUUUUGUUCUUUGUAUUAGAAAUAGUAUAGUACUUGAUUGGCUUGUAAGGGCAGAAAAUUCAGGAACAAUUAGAAAAUUAAAUGCCCAUGUGUAGAGCAAUUGUAGAAAGAUGGAUGCUUUUUAAUGCAAAGAUCAUCAAUCAAAGUUGCUUUGUAUGCUCCUGGCGCUUUCCUGCUGUUUUUCUGGAAAGGCAAAAAGCAGCUGAGCUUGACAUAUGGGACACAAAAGCCUCGACCCCAAAUGGUCGCCGGCAGCAACCAAUCGGCUUGAAGUUAAGCCUCUCCUGUACCCGGGAGCUGCUGGACGGCGGGCGGGUGCCAGUCAGUUCCCAGCUGGACACCAAAGGAUUGUAUGGGGAGGGCGCAACAAAAAAGGGAAGCUUCCAAUGCGUCACCAUUGUACCAAUUGUCUAUAAAAAUUAAUGUGCCAGUGAGGAUUGCACUUCACAAUCAAAUUCUAAAAGGAAGAGUUGAUGUAAGGUGACAAAUGAAUGACUGUGAAGACUCCAAGGCAACCACUCCAUGCUUUAUCGACUCAAUCCUUCGCUUUAAAGGCCCGAAUAAGAGCCAAGACCAGAUGGACGGCACGGGGAUGAGCGUGAGGAGCAGGAAGGGGGUGAGGGUGACAGGAAGAUACACCAGCCCCAUCGAGUGGGUCGGAGGCCCAAACAAACCUCCAGAUUCACCUAUUAUAGGUUCUCCACCCAAAGGUUUUGACAAAUCUGGGUUGGACAGACCAGCUGCUGGGGGAGACCUGAUUUGGGGACCUCAAAACAAGUCUCCGCACAGGCAGACAGUGGAGGAACUGAAGAGCUUCCUGAAAGAUGGACCGGCUUUCCAACCUGGAGGAAGUUCUCACUCCUGCCUCCAUGGUGGUGGCGUGAGUGGUGAUGGACCGGGCAAGUGGCAGGUUGACGUCAGCUCACAAAGAGCGUUCAGUACCUUCAAGCCUCAGUCUGAUGCUUCCAGAAAGGGGCCUGGAUCCAGAGAGAGCUCUUCUAUUCAGCUGCCUCCCACCAUGGAUUCAUCCAGCUCUUUCAGGCCGGACGCCAACACAAAUAGACAGCCGGAAUUCCCAAUUCGCACAUGCAACAGCAGCGCUUCCCGUGGAGAGACCAAAGCUCCUCAUACAGAUAACGGAAACGAGAGCCUGGACACAUCAGAAAAUCAAAGUUUCAUCUCCAGCAUGGAGACCAUCAAGCAGCAGAUAGCCAGGGAGAACAUCAACUUUGUACGAUUUGAAGCCACUGACCUGCAUGGGGUUUCCAGAUCUAAGACUGUGCCUGUUCGCUUCUUCCAUGAAAAGGCAGUGUAUGGAAUCCCAAUGCCAAGGAGCUAUUUGGAGCUGACGCUGAGUCCAAAGAGCAAUGAAGUUGACCACGCCAACGCCGCCAACUUCAGCAGCGACAUCCUUCUGAUCCCAGACCUUUCUACCUUUCGGAUCCUUCCAUGGGCUGAGCAGACAGCGAGGGUCAUCUGUGACCCGUGCACUGUGACGGGUGGCCCCCUGCGGACGUCUCCUCGCCUACUGGCAAAGCAGCUUCUGGGCCAGCUCCAGAGCCUGGGCUUCUCCCUGCACUCCUCCUUCACUUACGAGUGUUGCGUUCUGGGGGCACCAGACCGCAUCGGGCCCAAAACAUUGCUGUUUCCUGCCACCACUCUGCUGGGUAAUCACGACCUGCCCUUCUUUCAGCAGCUGGUGGAUGGCAUGUACUGCAUGGGCGCCGAUGUGGACAGCAUGGCUUCAGCCAGCGGGCCCGGCCAGAUGGAGAUAAACCUGAGGCCUGAGUUUGGAAUUGCGGCAGCUGACAGCGCCUUCACCUUCCGCACCGGCAUCAAGGAACUGGCCCGCAAACACAGCUACAUUGCAAGCUUCUUCACAGACGAUGGCCUCUACAAUGCUGGCGUUCUCUCCCACAGCCUGUGGGACGUUAAUGGGCGUCGUAGCCUUUUCCAAAGCGGCGAGAAGGCGGCAGGCGAGCUGUCUGACAUUGGUCGCAAGUGGCUAGCUGGGCUCCUGACGCACUCGGCCGCCCUCAGCUGCCUCAUGUCGCCAGGCCUUGAGUGCCGAAGCCACAUGGCCAAGACCGUCAAAGACCCAAAGAGGAUGCUGUACGCCACCUACGGCUGCAACGAUAACAGCAGUUCCUUCAACGUCAAGUCCCACGGUGGUCGUGAGACCCACAUCGACAACAAGCUGGGUUCAGCCAUGGCCAAUCCGUACAUUGUUCUUGCCGCUACGGCUGCCGCCGGGUUGGACGGCAUCAGGCGAAAUCUGAGCAUUGAGGGCAGCAUACACAAAGCACCCAGUCAGCAGAAAGAUUUUGCCAUUCCCGUCAAACUGGACGAUGCCCUAGAGGCCCUGAGCGAGGACCACGUCAUUCGCAGUUCACUGGGGGAGCCCUUUGUCCAGUACUUCAUUGCCAUGAAGAAGUUUGAAAUUGAGACCCAGGAACUGGAUGAUGAGAGGAACAAGUGCCUGGAGUAUUUUAUCUAGAAUGUUUCAAGAACGUUCCAUAAAUUAAAGAAAUUAAGCAAAAUAAAGCAAAACACUAUUUCAAACAGAUAUUGCUAUUUUGU